CUGUACGACUGGUAGUCCGCUAGUCCAGGCAUCCCCAUCUGAUUUUGUCACUCCGUCGGAGGUGAGAUCCGGGCGUCGAUGGAGGGGAGCUCGGGGCCUCGCUGGCCUCGCCGGAGUUCCACCCAAGAGGUAGGCAGCCCUGGCGGCGGAGCGGACCUCAUCAGCGCCCUCCCCGACGAGGUGCUCCUCCUCUUCCUCGCCCGCCUCCCCUGCGCCAGCGCCGCCGCGCGCACCAGCGUCCUCUCCCGCCGGUGGCGCGGCCUCUGGGCGCUCCUCCGCCAGAUCGUCUUCCGCGACGUGCCCUUCCCCUCGCUCGAGGCGGCGCUCGGCCGCGUCCUGCCUCCCCCGCACGCGGUUUCCCUGCUCGAAAUCUGCGUCCCCGAGGAGCAGCGGACAGACAGCGCCGGCGUCAACUCGCUGCUCCGCGCCGCCGCGCGGCUCCAGCCGGAGAAGCUCGACUUCCGCCUCCCCUCCCGCUUAACCGGCCUUGCUUUCGCAGACCGUCUCGUCGCCGUCGACCUGCCUUGCUCGCACCGCGCCACCUCCAUCUCGCUGGGCCUCUCCACCCCCUUCUCCCUCCGCGUGCCAGCCGGCGCUCAGUUCCCCGGACUCGAGGCGCUGUCCCUGUCGUACUGCACUACCGAGCUCGACGCCCUGCUCUCCUGCUGCCCGCGCCUGCGCACGCUCCGCGUCACCAGGGAUUUGUUUCCUAACUACAAGUGCGACAUUAUGGUCAACUCCCCAUCGCUGCAGGAGCUUGUUGUGCACCACCGGAUCAGAGAGACACAACGUGUGGACAUCGUUGCGCCCGCACUUAAGCAAUUGGCCCUCUCAUUUGCCAAUGGCGGGGAGAUCAGCAUCUCCGUCCUGGCACCAAUGGUGGAGAAGGUUUCGUGGAACUGCUGCUACUUGGGGCACCACAUUGUGUUUGGUCUUUGGAGCCUCAAGACGCUGCGGCUACAGACGGCAGAGAGACAAGGACAGCUAUCCUCGCUGCAAAUUCAUGCCCGUGCGGACUCGUUUUUACACGCUCAGGCGGACAACUUUACGCGGGAGAUAGAGAAACAUAUGGUUGUUGCCUUCUCUUGUUUAGAGCUACAUCUCACAGCAAAGGGGCAUGCUUUUGGAGGGUUUGUGUUUCAUCUCCUUGGGAUGGAUAAAAUUCGUGCUGCUACACGGAGGCUUAAGGUCAUCUUGAAGAGAUCAGCGAUGGAAGGAGGAUGCCGGCUACAUUGUCCUUGUAAGUUUCGGAACUGGAGGUUUGAGACUAUCUCCUUGGCUGCUCUGAAAGAAGUGGAGUUCGAUGGCUUCGAAGGAGAGGAUCAUGAAUUUGAUUUAUUACAAUUGAUACUUGGAUGUGCACCGACGUUGAAAAGAAUGAGUGUGCAGCUGUCAGAAGAGACCUCGGCAAGUCAUGAGGGAUGCGCAAAGAUAUACAGCAUCUUCAAGGCAUGUUCAUCUGUGAAAUGCGAUGUUUAUCACAGUUCUGGGUUAAUGCACGACAGCCAAAAUUGCCCGUCGAUGAGAUUCUCGGGUGUGUUGAUUCAGGGUGUUCAUUGACAAGGUCUCAGGACGUUGCUUGGUUGCUUCAACCGAUCAUCCGGCAUGCUCUUUUGUCAGUGUACUGUACUAGCUAUAAUCUAAGGUGCUCAGUUAAAUCUUGUGUGGUUUCUAUGCCAUUUGACUAUUGAAGUUAACUGCAGUCUAUCUAUGUCUUCAGUCAAUUACUUGAAGGUGAUUGUCAUUUUAAA